GUGUGAGGAGAGUAGAAGAAGACUGCAGUGUGUUAUAAUAACAGAGGUUACCGGUUAUUACAGUAAUUUAUAUCUGUAAUAUCGGUAUUUAUACGGUAAUACCGGAGCGGGAGCUGCAGUACCGGCGGUGUCGGCGCUAUGCGGGCGGGUGUGCUGAUCCGGGCGGGGGUAGCGGGGCGGCUGUGCGGGCUGAGCCGGCCUGCGGUGACUCUGCGCUGGAUCCGCUCCUCCAGCGGCCCGCCGGAGAACCCAGCCCGGGAUCAGAGCGCCGCGGCCCCGCUGCGCUGCUUCCGCCUGCCCGGCCGCUCUCUGCUCCACAUCCGGGGCCCGGACACCUGCGCUUACCUGCAGGGCAUCAUCACCAACGACAUGAACCUGCUGCAGGAGGAGGAGGAGCGGCGCGCGCUCUACGCCCACAUGCUCAACGUGCAGGGCAGGACCCUGUAUGACAUCAUCAUCUACAGUGUGAGGGAACCCUCAGGAGACCCGGUUGAGGUUCUGCUGGAGUGCGACGGCUCGGUUCUGGACUCGGUGACUCGGCACCUGAAGGUGUAUAAGAUCAGACGGAGAGUGACGGUGACCCCGCGGUCCGAUCUGGCACUGUGGGCUCUGCUGCCCCGGGACGCUGGCUCCGCUCGGGACGGGUCACAGCCCCGACCCACCGCUGCUGGCCGGCCCCUGGUUCUGGUACCGGACCCCCGAACGGACCUGAUGGGCUGGAGGAUGAUCACCGGGAGCUCGGAGAACCCGGCAGAACUUCUCACUGACUGUGAGAACCGAGAGACCGAGGAGUACCAACAACACCGCUACACCAUCGGGCUGCCAGAGGGCGUGGCCGACCUGCCGCCGGGCGACGCCCUGCCGCUGGAGUCGAACCUGGUGUUUAUGAACGGGAUCAGUUUCAGUAAGGGCUGCUAUAUCGGGCAGGAACUAACGGCUCGGACGCACCACACCGGCGUCGUUCGCAAACGCCUGCUGCCCCUCAGCCUGUCCGCCGCCGGCGACGCCCUGCUGCCAGGGGGCGCCCUGGACUCCACCGCCGCAGGGAAACCCGCCGGGAAACUGAGGGCGGGGCUCGGCCGGCAGGGUCUCGGCCUCGUCCGACUCGCGCACGCUAACGACACGCUAACGCUAAAAUCCUCAUCAUCGACCCCCGUCACGGCACGCGCCUCCAUACCCGACUGGUGGCCAAAAGACGCAACUAAAUAAAACUCUGGAGAACCGGACUUACGAUAAAUCAGCAGUGCAUUGUGGGAGUUUAUAUUUCCACGUUACCUUUCAGACUCUUAGAGAAUCAAACUCGUAAGAAUGGCCUACGAACUCUAACAUUGUUUAGUGCCCUAAAACAUAAACAGGGAUCAAUUCCAUAUCUGAUUGGUCAGGAUGGUAGCAGCCCUGUGAUUGGCUGGAAAACAUUCAUACUUUUUUAAAUCAGGAGAUUCUUAAAGUUCUUUAACGUUCCUUCAGAACGGAAGAGUGUUGUGAUAUUAUUAUAUAAGACAUUAAUAUGCAGAGUGUUGUUUUUUUGUAUGCGUUUGAUGUUAAAAGGUUUAUUCUAUUUAUAUAUUUCAGUUUAAGUUAUGUUAAAUAAAAUAAGGUAAAAUAAACUAUUUUGAAUAUUGA